CCCUGGUCCAUGACGUAGAGGAAGGAGACGCCAUUAGGCAGGGUACGAGGCUAGGCUACAGAGAGGGUGGAGGAAGUCAAUCAGGUUCAGUGUGAACGACCGUCGUUUUUUUUUCUUUACCUAGGGGACCCGUGCCCCCAUUUCCCCCCUCUAUCAAUCUGCCCAAACCUUUCUCUAAUGUGACUGGAGCAAGGCGUUUAUAUUGGGCUCGUUUUAUUUCUUACUGAAGAAGGAUUUCUUCACCAUGGCGGCUGGCGGAGCGGGAGGCAAUAAUAAAACAUACUCUUUCAAGGUGGUUUUGUUAGGAGAAGGCUGUGUUGGCAAGACGUCACUCGUAUUACGAUAUUGUGAAAAUAAAUUCAACGACAAACACAUCACCACUCUCCAGGCGUCCUUCCUUACAAAGAAACUUAACAUCACAGGGAAGAGAGUCAAUCUUGCAAUCUGGGACACAGCCGGUCAGGAGAGGUUCCACGCACUAGGACCCAUCUACUACAGAGACUCCAAUGGAGCCAUAUUAGUAUACGACAUCACAGAUGAGGACUCCUUUCAGAAGGUGAAGAACUGGGUGAAAGAAUUAAGGAAAAUGCUGGGGAAUGAAAUUUGUUUAUGUAUAGUGGGUAACAAAACAGACCUGGAAAAAGAGAGGCACGUGUCCUUGGAAGAGGCAGAGGGGUAUUCAGAGUCAGUGGGAGCCAAACACUAUCACACGUCAGCCAAGUUAAAUAAAGGCAUCGAAGAACUGUUUCUCGACCUUUGUAAAAGAAUGAUGGACACGGCUCAAGCGGAAGAGCGGGCCAAGGGCAAUGGGGCGAGCCAGUCGGGGAACGCGCGGAGAGGUGUGCAGAUUGUUGAUGACGACCCACAAGCAGCCACGCCAGCAGGAGGUUGCUGCUCAUCCGGCUAACCCCUACCGUCCCAAGCCACCCAUCUCACCCCUCUCCCCCCAACCCCCCAACCCCGUCCCAAAAACAGCCCCAGGACUGAUUUACCCCCUAGCCCCAAUUGCCCCUUACCAUGAAGACUGCAGCUGUCUGUGCGGCCUAGCCUCACCCAGCACCCCAGAAACACACACCUGGAGAAACAACCAAGCUUCAGCUUUUUCAGGCCCCAUCUACACACACACACACACACACACACACACACACACACACACACACACACACACACAAAUAAACAAAAUGCUGCAGGAUGUACACCUGAAGACUGACAAACACAUACGCACACAAGGAAGUAGAAAGAGAAGAGUGAGCAAGUGAAACGGUUGACAGGAAAAACCGAGAGAGAAAGAGUGAGAUAGAAGAGAAAGAAAGAAAGGAUGUAUGUAUGAUUUUUUUUUUGCGAAAGAGCAGACCGAGUAAAGUUGGUUCACUCCUAACAGGAAGACCAUUGUCAUACUUUACAAACACACAUGCAGACGCAUACACACACACACAUACAUGCAUAUAUCCACACACGUGCACAGAAACGCUGUUUAGUACAGUUUGUAUGAGGCUUUUUUUUUUUUCCUUUGGCAAGGGUGAACAUCAUGCAUGUUGGAUUGAUUUUUGUGUACAAGGCUUAAUUGGUUUUACUUUUAAAACUACCAACAACAACAACAAAAAAAAGAUCUUUAUUAUUUAAUAACUUAUGUACCAAUUCUUCAUGUCUGAGAACUAUGUACUUGUGGUCUUAAGUGAGCGCUUCAGAUUCUUCUUCAGUCUUUGCUCUGUUUUCUUCUCUCUCUCUUUGUUUCUUUUGGUUCUUUAUUUUGGGGUGGAUUAUGGCUUCUUGUAGGUGAUUGCACUGAUCCAUCAAUGCUUCUGUUAUACUGAACCCCCUUGGUUGCCAGAAUGUGUAUGUAAAAUUACCACAGCAACAACAACCGAGAAGAAAAAAAAAAAGAAAAAAAAGACUUGUACAAUACAUAUUGAAUAUUUUAUCUGCUUUUACAAGCUUUGGGAAAACAUUACACAGGUGUAGACAAAUGUACAUUAGUCUUGUUAAUGAUUGUAAAAUGGAGAAAAAUAACAAUUGUGGGUGAAAGCACACUUUUUGGAAUUGUAAUUUUUUAACUGCUAGUGUCAAGUGUUUCUUUUCUUUUUUUUGUUAUAGAACAAUUAUAACAAUUUAUAAUG